GAAAUUAAUGCACAUUUGCAACAUUUAAAAUUCUUUAUUGAGCAUGAUAGUGUUUUGAAAGUAAAAAAAAGAUUCAAAAUCACAUUUUAUGUUGGACUAAAGGACUAAAAAAAGACACAAAAUGACUAAAAAAGACACCAAAAGACUUACAAAGACAUGAAAAGAAUUCAAAAAUGGACAAAAUAGCCCAAGACUCCAUAGAGUUAAGUUGUUAACCCAUUUCUUGUUCCCUGAAAAAGGCCUACUUGUAUAAUUCUGAAAUAUACAUUAUUUUCCAGUUUUGGUUAAGCUUACCUUUUUUUAUUUACCUCUGGCAGUUCACCACUUACCUUUGUACCCUUUCAAGCUGUUCAUUUGACUUGAACUGCUUGAAUUUCAAUAAAAAACUGGAAAAAUUGGGGUGUUCUAAAACUUCUGACCGGUAGUGUAUAUAACAGUAACAGCACAAUCAGCAUUAAGUAUAUGGUGUGUAGUAUUUCUGGUUCGGCUCUGUUCUGUUUGUCUCUGGUCUAAAGAGGGAUGUGGCCUCAUUGUCUCUGCAGAAAGAGCGAAGUGUGCAGAGUGAAAGCAGGUCCCCUCCGUCCCCAGAGGGUUCUCCUGUGGUGUUUGAGGACAGAUACCUGGAGAAACACAUCACACCAGUCACUCUGAAGUCCAACAUUAAGAGGAACCCUCUGUACAUGGACAUCAGGACAGUGGAGGCGGACAACAAGAAGCCCAAGCCGUCCUGGACUGUCAAGGAGUACGACACACAAACGAUCCAUGGAAACCUGGCCGAUUAUUUAAAGGAGGAGGAGAAGACUCCUAAAGAUCUGGACUUUUGGCUUGAGGAUCUCUACACACCAGGUUUUGACUCUUUACUGAAGAAGAAAGAAGCCGAACACAAAAGAAAAAGACUUUGUAAAAGUCUUUCUUUGGUCAUUUUCUCUGUUUUUGCAGUACUGAUUAUUAUCAUAGUGCCAGUUGUGAUUCUACAGAAGAAAAACUGAUUAAUGAUGACAUCAUUAUGCAACUUUAAGAACCUCACUGUAAGUGGUGGUAAGAUAUUAUUCUGUUCUCAAUUCAUUUUGACAGAGAACUAAAAGUAGAAAACUGUCUGGAGUCUACAAUUAUAAUGGACAC